AUGGAGAUAGAUGAAUGUAGGAAGCUGUUGCUAAAUAAGGCGCUGCAGAUUAAUGCACGGAACGCCCAAAGGUUUGUUGACUACAUCGUCAGUCACAGAUUGCCUGCAGAGAUCAGACAGUAUUCAUCUGCCUCCAUUCAGCAAUUGCGCUCCCUGUUCUGUGAGGUGAUGAAUUACCUUGAAGCCCACCCACCGAGACAAGAAAUUGAUAUGGAUGAAUAUAGGAAGUUGUUGCUGAAUAAGACCCUGCAGAUUGAUGCACGAAACGCCCAAAGAGAUUGUACGGUAUUCAUCCGGCUCCAUUCACAGUUACCCCUGCAGAAGCCACCUUCAUGGGGACAUGGUCAUGGCUUACAGUUCCCUCAGCCUCAGUUGCAUCCAAGCAGCAGCUUUCCUGGAAAUCAGGCUCAAGUCCCUUUGCCCCAUGGGCAACCUCAGUUUGACCCUAGAUUCAGUUUUAACAGAAUACAGCCACCAUUCUUCCCGUUCAGUCCAAUUGAAACAGUGCACCGUGGUCAGCUUCUGUUUUAUCCAAGCAGCAGUAUUGAUGGAAUUCAGCCUCCAUUGCUUCCAAUUGGUCAAAUUGGACAAACGCUGCCUCAGAUUCGUCCAAGUGCAAAUUUUAAUGAGAUGCAGCCGCCAUUUCCCCCCAAUGUUCAUUCCAAUGCUCUACAGAGCGCUGAUCGAAAUGCUUCGCUGAGUGUUGCUGGAGAUUCAUCCAGAAGGUCCCAGCGUUGUUAUAAUCACUUCAAUGGUGGUUGUCAAAAUCAUAAGUGUCAGUAUUGUCACUGGUCUUAUCUUGCUGGGCUGAAGUACGAGUUGCCAAAUCACUCCCUUGAGACAUUGCCCUUGUUGGGAGAAGAGAUCAGACAGCUCCUUAUUUCACAGCGACCAUCAGUAGUCCCAAUUGAGCAUCUGCCAAUGAUAUACUUUGCAAAGUAUGGGAAGUCUCUGUUUGUCACGGACUUCAAACCAGAGGUGCGGCAGCUUGGGGAAAAGGGUAGUUACAGCCUCAUAUGUCUGCUCAUGAGGCUUGAUACUAUAAAAGUGAUUGAGAGCGAUGGACAACAAUGUGAUUCCAAAUUGGUGCUUGCUCCUCCAAAUCCAAGGCAUAGAGUUACAAUUUAUAUUGCCUUCUCUCGUCAAAGCACAUUCACUGAGGUGCUUGGAGCUACUUCAGGGGCCACGAGAGGUUGGGUGAGCUUCCUGUAUCCUGAGACUGUAGAACUGCUAUUAUCAGAAACUAGAAGUAACCGUCACUUGAUACUUGGAGCACUAGUUCAUAUAUUUUCCUCCAUGGAAAAACUUGAAUGGAAGGUGUCAGGUCAGGAAGAAAGUGAUAAGGUGUCAGAUGUCAAUGUCAGUUAUGAGCAUCACAUUGGCGAAAAAUCAUCAAGCGAACUCGAACCAUCUCCAGAGAAGCUGAAUAAUGAGUGUGAUAAAGUGAUUAGUGCUGAUAAGAGCAGCAGUACUGUUGCUCACGGAAUGGCUUCAGAAGGUGACAAUGCAGUAGAAUCGUCAGAUCUAUCAAAUCGUUCAGACAAGGCAUCAGCAGAUCAAGAUAUUGAUGAUUCUGGACUUCAGGAUGACCUUGCUAUUGACUAG